AAUCCAAGGCCAGGCAUGCUGCACUCGGCCGCUGACAGGUGGGUCCGACGAGGGAGGGGGUUUGGUGUGUUGCGCGGGGUAGGUGGCGAGAGUCGGAGCAGACGAAAUUCGGUAGUCGGAUCGCAUCGGAGUGAAGAAGGCAUCGGCGAAUUUGUGGCUGGCGGAGGUGGACUCGAUUGCGUUCCUGCUCCUGCCGCCGCGGUUUUAAAAGGGAAAAUCCCCCCCUCCGUCUCCUCCACCUCGCGCAACCAACUAACCAACCACCUCGCUCGAUUCGCCAUCGACCUCGAUCCAGCCCAGCCAGCCGCCGCCGCCGCAGCAGCAGCAGCAGCCAUGUCCAAGGUCUUCACCCUCGAGGACGUCGCCAAGCACAACACCAAGGAGGAUUGCUGGCUCAUCAUCGGCGGCAAGGUAUAUGAUGUGACGAAGUUUUUGGAAGACCACCCAGGGGGUGAUGAUGUUCUGUUGUCUUCAACUGGUAAGGAUGCAACUGAUGAUUUCGAGGAUGUCGGGCACAGCAACACUGCCCGUGCAAUGAUGGAUGAGUACUUGGUCGGUGAAAUUGACGCAUCGACGAUCCCUUCUAGGACAAAGUAUGUUCCCCCCAAGCAACCGCACUACAACCAGGACAAGACCCCCGAGUUUGUUAUCAAGAUCCUCCAGUUUUUGGUUCCCCUGGCAAUCCUGGGCCUGGCUGUUGCCGUUAGGAUGUACACCAAGUCGGAGUCUGCUUAGCUUUGUUGCCCUUGCCCCCCUCGGGAUUGUAAGAGUCGAACUUGUCGAAUAAGCUAGCAAGAGUUUUGUGAGGUUUUAUUACAUGUGUAACUUAUCAUGAAAUUCAUCGAAUGUUCUGAGCUGUUGUGGGUUCUGUGGUCCUUAUAUGCCCAUUUUGUGCGUUAGUGUGAUCGGGAUGCAUCGUACUUAACUAGAUUUAUUAUUUGUCAUCUCAGUUGAGCAGGUAACUCUGAUUGUUUGAAA